AUGCAACCAGGUGGGCAAAGCCUUGUUGAUCGACUUUUGGCUGCAAAAAAUACAAUUGCUGGACAAGCUCUAGCAAAAGUUGUUUGUAAAGCAACAACUGAAGAAAUUAUGGGUCCCAAACGAAAACAUCUUGAUUUUCUUUUGCAAGCAACAAAUGAAAUGAAUGUAUCAAUACCUCAAUUAGCUGAUCUGUUGAUUGAGCGUACACAAAAUUCAUCAUGGGUUGUUUCGUUUAAAGCAUUAAUUACAAUACAUCAUUUAAUGUGCUUUGGAAAUGAACGUUUUGAAGCUUACAUGGCUUCGCAUAAUCAUAGACUUCAGCCAGCGUCUUAUUUAGAUCGUAUGGGAAUGCCUGGCGGUGAUAUGUCAAAUUAUAUUCGCCGCUAUGCAAGUUAUUUAAAUGAAAAACGAGAAUCUUAUAAAUUGAUGGGCUAUGACUUUUGUAAAAUCAAACGAGGAAAAGACGAUGGAGUUCUUCGAACAAUGCCUACUGAGAAGCUAUUGAAAGCAUUACCUAUUCUUCAAAAACAACUUGACGCUUUACUUGAAUUUGAUGUUACACCGAAUGAGCUUACAAAUGGUGUUAUAAAUAGUUGUUUUUUUCUGUUAAUCAAAGAUCUCAUACGUUUAUAUGCUGCCUUUAAUGAUGGAAUGAUUAACUUACUCGAAAAAUAUUUUGAUAUGAAUAAAAAACAAUGCCGUGAAGCAUUAGAUAUUUACAAGAAAUUUCUUGAUCGAACAGAUAAAGUUUCAAAUUUUCUUAAAGUAGCUGAGCGUACUGGUCGGUUAGUUGAGCGAUGCCCUUGGAAACAGACAUCUGGUAUGGAACGCAGUGAAAUUCCUGAUCUAUCAAGAAGAAUUGAUGAAAAUAAUACAGCUCCAAGUAGUCUUUUGGAAGCAUUGGAAAAUCAUUUGGCACACAUGGAAGGUAAAAAAAUAUCACAAACAUCAAUAUCAAGACAACAAACUGAACAAGAUUUAAAGAGUUUUUCACGCGAUUUAAUAUUCAAUGAUAGUGAUGACCCACAAAAAAUUCUCGAAGAAGAAGCUAAAGCACUUGCACAAUUUAAUAAAAGUAAAGAUUCGUCGUCACCAUCUGCAUUUACUCAAUCAACAACAACAACAACUAGCAAUAAUUUCGGGGAUACAGAUUUCUUUUCACAACAAACAUCAUCGAAUGGUCAACAUGCAAAACCAAGCACAACUAUACAACAACAACAAUUAUUAACCGAUGAUCUUUUUUCGCUUACUACUCCACCAGCACAAACAUCAACAAAUUCAUUUUUCAAUAAUAAUCAAAAUGUUUUCCCUGCAUUUCACGAACCUCCUCAACAACAACAGCAACCAUUCCAAAAUAUGCUUGACACAUCAUUACCUAGAACGAGCUUUUUCGAUGAUAUUCUUCAACCCACUUCGAUGUCAUCAAACAAAAACUCAUCAACAAUGCCAUUGUUUACAAAUAAUCAAAGCAUUCCAGCAACAAAUAAGCCAUUUCAAACAGGCGAUCUUAAUUCAUCUCUUAAUCAAUUAUUAGAAAAUCUCGAUAUGAAAGAUCGAUCAAAAAUAGGAAAAGAUCAUCAAUGGACACCGAAUGAUGGUAAAAAUCAAAAAAUUGGUAUAGGAGCUGGCGCUAUAGCUAGUCCUAGUACAGCAUGGCCAAAUCAGCCACCAAUGAGUGCACCGUUUGGGGGUAUUGGUGUUCAACCAACUGCUAUGUGGCAACCAACAGCAACUGCAGCAUCAACCAAUCCAUUUGCUGCCCCUAGUGGUCCUUCAAUUUAUAUGAUGAAUGUUACGCGUCCUUAUUAUCCUGUGCCGAUGGGUUUCGGCGGUAUGGGAGCUCGACCUAUGGGUGCUGGUACGAAUCCUUUUGCUGCUCAGCCACAAUUUGGCGCUUCACCUUUUGGUCAACAGCCUAAACCAAAUCAGCAGCAAGUCAAUGAUCCAUUUGGCAAUCUUUAA